GCGGGAUGGGCGGUUCCCGCGUCGGGCUGCUAGGGGUGCCGGGUUGGGGAGGAGGCCGCUAGUCUAUGCCUCUGGAGCCGAUACUCAGCCCUCUGCAACCAUGGCUGUGCUGGCGGCACUUCUGCGCGGCGGCGCCCGCAGCCGCAGCCCCCUGCUCCGGAGGCUGGUGCAGGAAAUAAGAUAUGUGGAACGGAGUUAUGUAUCAAAACCCACUUUGAAGGAAGUGGUCAUAGUAAGUGCUACAAGGACACCCAUUGGAUCUUUUUUAGGCAGCCUUUCCUUGCUGCCAGCCACUAAGCUUGGUUCCAUUGCAAUUCAGGGAGCCAUUGAAAAGGCAGGGAUUCCAAAAGAAGAAGUGAAAGAAGCAUACAUGGGUAAUGUUCUACAAGGAGGUGAAGGACAAGCCCCUACAAGGCAGGCAGUAUUGGGUGCAGGCUUACCUGUUUCUACUCCAUGCACCACCAUAAACAAAGUUUGUGCUUCAGGAAUGAAAGCCAUCAUGAUGGCCUCUCAAAGUCUUAUGUGUGGACAUCAGGAUGUGAUGGUGGCAGGUGGGAUGGAGAGCAUGUCCAAUGUUCCAUAUGUAAUGAACAGAGGAUCAACACCAUAUGGUGGGGUAAAGCUUGAAGAUCUGAUUGUAAAAGAUGGGCUAACUGAUGUCUACAAUAAAAUUCAUAUGGGCAGCUGUGCUGAGAAUACAGCAAAGAAGCUGAAUAUUGCACGAAAUGAACAGGACGCUUAUGCUAUUAAUUCUUAUACCAGAAGUAAAGCAGCAUGGGAAGCUGGGAAAUUUGGAAAUGAAGUUAUUCCUGUCACAGUUACAGUAAAAGGUCAACCAGAUGUAGUGGUGAAAGAAGAUGAAGAAUAUAAACGUGUUGAUUUUAGCAAAGUUCCAAAGCUGAAGACAGUUUUCCAGAAAGAAAAUGGCACAGUAACAGCUGCCAAUGCCAGUACACUGAAUGAUGGAGCAGCUGCUCUGGUUCUCAUGACAGCAGAUGCAGCGAAGAGGCUCAAUGUUACACCACUGGCAAGAAUAGUAGCAUUUGCUGACGCUGCUGUAGAACCUAUUGAUUUUCCAAUUGCUCCUGUAUAUGCUGCAUCUAUGGUUCUUAAAGAUGUGGGAUUGAAAAAAGAAGAUAUUGCAAUGUGGGAAGUAAAUGAAGCCUUUAGUCUGGUUGUACUAGCAAACAUAAAAAUGUUGGAGAUUGAUCCCCAAAAAGUGAAUAUCAAUGGAGGAGCUGUUUCUCUGGGACAUCCAAUUGGAAUGUCUGGAGCCAGGAUUGUCGGUCAUUUGACUCAUGCCUUGAAGCAAGGAGAAUACGGUCUCGCCAGUAUUUGCAAUGGAGGAGGAGGUGCUUCUGCCAUGCUAAUUCAGAAGCUGUAGACCACCUCUGCUAUUUAAGGAGACAACCCUAUGUGACCAGAAGGCCUGCUGUAAUCAGUGUGUCUACUGUGGGUCAGCUUAUAUUCAGAUAAGCUGUUUCAUUUUUUAUUAUUUUCUAUUCUAUCUAUGUUAACUUUUAAAAAUCAAAAUGAUGAAAUCCCAAAACAUUUUGAAAUUAAAAAUAAAUUUCUUCUUCUGCUUUUUUCUUGGUAACCUUGAAAA